GGACAGCCUCAUACCAGACAGCGUCACCACAGAGACUCGUUCUCCUCUCCAGGAUGCUCCUCCUGCUCUGCCUCACCGUCUGCUCCUCCGCGGGUUUCGCCUCGGAGAUGAACCAGACGUCCAAGCUGCUGGCGGAGAGCGGGGAGCAGUGCUCGGCAUGCGACUUCCGGGAGCACAGCAAGCAGAUGAGGCUGCACAGCAUCAAGUCGCAGAUCCUCAGCAUCCUGCGGCUGGAGCAGGCGCCGAACAUCAGCCGGGACAUGAUCCGCCAGCUGCUGCCCAAAGCGCCCCCUCUGACGCAGCUCCUGGACCAGUACGACCCGCGGGUGGAGGACGAGGACCACGCAACCACGGAGACUAUCAUCACUAUGGCCACCAAGCCCAUUCCAGUGAACGAGGACGAGUUGUCCUGCUGUUGUCUGUUCAGCCUCAGCCCGAAGAUCCAGCCCAAAAACCUCCUGAGCGCUCAGCUGUGGGUUCACCUGCGGCCGGCCGACAUGGUCACCACCGUCUUCCUGCAGAUCUCCCGUCUCAAACCCGGGAAGGAGGGAAACAACACGCGUGUCCGGGUCCGCUCCCUGAAGAUCGACACGGACGCCGGCGCCGGUUCGUGGCAGAGCAUCGACAUCAAGUCUCUGCUGCAGGCUUGGUUGCGUCAACCAGAAACCAACUACGGCAUAGAAAUCAACGCCUACGACUCCAAAGGAGAAGAUCUGGCCGUCACCUCGGCAGAACCCGGAGAGGAAGGACUGCAACCGUUCAUCGUGGUGAAGAUCCUCGACAGCCCCAAAAGGUCCCGCCGUGACUCGGGCCUCAACUGCGACGAGGAGUCUGCAGAGACUCGCUGCUGUCGCUACCCGCUCACCGUCGACUUCGAGGAGUUCGGCUGGGACUGGAUCAUCGCGCCCAAACGCUACCGGGCCAACUACUGCUCAGGGGAGUGUGAGUUCAUGCACCUGCAGCAGUAUCCCCACGCACACCUGGUGAACAAGGCCAACCCCCGGGGCACCGCGGGGCCCUGCUGCACGCCCACCAAGAUGUCGCCCAUCAACAUGCUCUACUUCAACCGCAAAGAGCAGAUCAUCUACGGAAAGAUCCCGUCCAUGGUGGUCGACCACUGCGGCUGCUCCUGAGGAAACAUCCUCCCGGACAGCCAUAGAGGCUUGGUCUUCAGCCAAAGUGAUGCAAAACAAUCUAAUUUGAAACAGUUUCAGAAACAAGGACAGUAAAUAAGCUUUGAGAAUGUUAAAAUAUCAUUCGCAACAGAAAUAAAAAAAAGUUUUCCCAGGGAAUGAACUACUAAUCUGCAUUUUUAUCCCAACCCAAAAAGCUGAUUUUAACCAGGAAAUAAGAACGAAACAUGAUGAAAAGAGAUGAUUGUUGUGAGGGAUCAGUUAAAUGUUGUAAAGACACAACAGCAAUUGCACAGAUCCUCAACUAAACGUGGCAAAAAAUUUUAAAAAAAGAACAAUCGUAGCUUACGUUGUGUGAAAGUAGCUGCCUUCCAUUUCAUUUUGAAACCCAUAGUAACAACUGGAGCCACAGAAACAGGUUAUGAAACCAACACCUUACAGACCUGUUGGUGAAUGCAAAGUUGUUAGCAAAUAGCUGCUUGUUUACACAUCCAGUAGAUACACAGCAACAUUAUCCCUCAGUGAAUCCAAGUCCAAAACUUUUAGCUCUGUUUUUGGUCUCCACCAGCUCUUGAGGCAAGUAUGUGGUUCUUUAGCUGCUACAUGUUCAACUAGCUCAUCUAACUGGGUCUGUUUGCAGCUGAAGAGGUCAUGUACAGGACCUUUUUCCUCUGAAAGCGACUUCGAGUUGCAACUAGAAUUGUGAAAGAGAAUAAACAUGAUAAAGUUGCGAACUGAAACAAUGAACAAAAAGACGCUAGAACGUUCCAUAGAGCUGAAGAUAACUGCAGCGCUUCUGUGAGCAAACUGUUAAUGUUGAAAGUCAUUUGAUCCAUUGUUAAAAUUACCGUAUUGUUUUCAGUUUCAGCUUUAAGGCUUGCGACAUAGUUGCUCUAAACAAAAACAAAGACUUUAAUAUCUGACAAAACAUGCAAUUCAGCAAACGAACAGUGGGGGGCAGGAUGGUAGCAACAUAAUGGAGCAGGUAAAUGUGAAUUUGGGGUCAAAUUGUGCACUUUGUGACUUAAGCAUGAAAUCUGGCACGAGCAUUACUUAAUGGUCAGUUUUCCAGAAAAAGUGCUAACCACAACAAAAAUUCAAUAAGGCGGCCAUUUUUCAAGACGGGCGCCAGAUGGGUCUCUGUUGUGUCACUUUGCUCAGAAACUAUGGUGAAAAUUGUGAUAUAAGCAUGAAAUUUGGUAAGAGCAUUUGUCGCAAGCCACCUUCUCAGGAAAAAGUGCUAGCUGUGAAAAAAAUUCAACAUGGCGGCCAUUGUUCAAGAUGGCCGCCAAAUAGGUCUCUGUUAUAUGGUUUUGCUCUGAUAUCAUUGUACAAGUUAAAUUUGAUGAAGUAUUUGUAAUUUUCAUUCCCCACGGUUGAUAAUCACGUGAAAUCAUUUGCUUUUAAUGUUUGUUUGAGGUAGAUAUUGUCUUGUUUUGCUGCUUUAGCUCCGAGGGCUGUUAAUUGUUCAAUUCGAAUGUUAAUUUCAUUGAAUAGCCCCAUGCCGUACGAUAAAAUGAAAUGUCACAUGAUUAUCUACCGUGCUUAGGGGCUGCCAUAUUACAAUUUUUUAAACGCUUUUAUCUAAAAAAGUGACCAACUAGGAACACUCCUGGCAAAUUUCAUGUUUAUGUCACAAUUUGCACUCUGGUUUUUGAGCAAAACCACGUAGCAGAGGCCCGUUUGGCGGCCAUCUUGAAAAAUGGCUGCCAUAUUGAAUUUUUUUCAUGGCUAGCACUGUUUUUCUGAAAAGGUGACCUAUGAGGAACAUUCAGGCAAAAUUUCAUGCUUGUAUCAUAAUUUGUACGAUGGUUUGAACAAUCUGCUCCACUAAUAAUGAUGGAAAAAUAGUGAAUAUAUCAAAUCUAACACGAGAUAAACUUGAAGUAGGCAAAAUUCAUGUAUUCUUACUUAUAUUUUACAUGUUAAAUGUCCUCUAUGGACGCAAACAACUUCAACUUUGCUUCAACUUUAUUUUGCAUGUUGUACUUUGACUCCAGAUACCUUCACAUGGAGCAAGACUUUAGGAUUUGAUAGACUCCUGCUGCUUUUUGUCCUCCUGUUUGAUGCAGCUGUGCCCUGAUUUGAGCCUUGACCAGAGCAAACCCUGCAGGGGGUCUUUCUUCUGGAAAACAUGAACUGAGUGACUCAGAGCCGACACAUGGAUCCUCCCCGUCCCAUCGCUUGUUUGCAAACUCCUUACUGUGAUCAGUUCUCAAGAGCAGAGAUGCUUCUCUUAAGGACAGGGCUGCAGUUUUUAUUCUGUUGUCGUGUUUCCGCUGUGACGGGUUGUGUUGCAUGUCGUUAAGCAUGAGAAGACUGACAAGGUGUCAUGUUUUAACUGACAUGUCCUCCCUGGAGCCAGAAAAUGCUCAUUUGGGUGGAUCUGGGGUGAUGUUUUCCUCGAAGCUCAAACGUUCUCUUUCUGCUCUUCUUGGGGCUCAAACAUUGAAUGCAUUCGCUGCCUCAUAAAAUGCUGCCACAGCUGAAUUAAAGAGUUUGUUUCUUC